AUGACCAAUCAAUCAGCUGAUGAGAGCGAGUCCCUUAAGGAGGAAAGGCAUCCACAAGCCCGGAGUUCUCCAACAGGAUGCGAUGUCGCCUCGGGAUGUGCAUUUAAGGCAGCUGGACAUGCCGAUGCUGAGCUCCCAGUUGCUGGAACGGAAGUAUCAUCUUCUUGGAUGAAUCACAGUGCCCCAGCUCACCAAAGACUGAGCCCCUGUGAAGAUGCUCCCAAACGUGGUUCAGAAGAUGGGCUCUCCCAGAAGCAGCGAGCACCUCGUAGACGGUGUCAGCAGCCCAAAAUGUUGAGUAGCCCCGAGGACACCAUGUACUAUAACCAGUUAAACGGAACUCUAGAAUAUCAAGGGAGCCAGAGGAAGCCAAGAAAACUUGGACAAAUCAAAGUGCUGGAUGGGGAAGACCAGUAUUACAAAUGCCUCUCCCCUGGGGCCUGUGCCCCUGAAGAAAACGACUCAGCCCAGCCUUUCUUUUUUUCCUCGUCAUCCAGAGGAGACUCCGUUUCUCAACACUGAGUUCUGCUUCCCAGCCCCAAAUGUGUCCCAGGUAGAAGCAAUCAUGG